CAGGAGAGAGGCUUCAUUCAUCCAUUGUUCACCCAAUAUUCUUAAUCCCCAAAAUGCCCUUCUAGUUCAAGACUCGGCUUCUCGGCUUCACUCUCUCAGAGAGCGUUUAUGCGUUUAUGCGUUUCAGCCUUUGUUUGUGGUGAGGUAUAUUCUCCGUUUCGAUACAAUACAGCGAAACAGGCACAUCACCCGCCUAUAUGUUCCAGGAUUCUAAUCUAUUGCUUUAAUUUAAACAAGUGAAAAUUCUCUCGCUGAAGAAAAAUCAGUUGGCAAGCUUGAAGGAAUUUUUAUACUGUCAGAGUAAUUGAGAAUACCGUCUUUCGCUUCACUUGUCUAUCAAAUAUUUCGGUGUCGCAUGAGCAGUAAUUUGGGUCUUCCGGUGGCUUCUUCAAGGGAUUUGUGUUCAGUAUAAGGAUGCCAAUGAUGACUCCUUGUGAUUUAGACCAAUGGAAGUCUCACCUCAAGGGCAAAAGCAGAAGUUGCAGUCCCCUGCUCGCAAAUUUUUGUCGACUGGAACGCAGAAAAAUCUCUGGUUUGUUGUGCGAGAAGGAUCAUUGGUAGAUGUGGAUUCAGCACUAUCAGUACUGAAGAAGAGUGGUGGUGAUAUUAAUUCAAGAAAUAUUUUUGGUCUCACUCCUCUUCAUAUUGCAACAUGGAGAAAUCACGUUCCCAUCGUUAGGAGGCUUCUUACAGCUGGUGCCGACCCAGAUGCUAGGGAUGGGGAAUCCGGAUGGAGUAGCCUUCACAGGGCUCUGCAUUUUGGUCAUCUUGCUGUGGCAAGUAUACUUCUCCAGUUUGGUGCUUGUAUCUCACUGGAGGACUCUAAAUCUCGAACACCUUUCGAUCUCCUAUCGGGGCCUGUCUUGCAAGUUCUUCAAGAUGGACAUAAUUCUGUUACUACAGAGGUUUAUAGUUGGGGAAGUGGCACAAACUAUCAACUUGGAACUGGAAAUGCACACAUACAAAAGUUACCAUGCAAGGUGGAUGCUCUUCAUGGUUCUUUAAUCAAGUUAGUUUCUGCUGCUAAGUUCCAUAGUGUAGCAGUCACUUCUCGAGGAGAAGUCUACACUUGGGGGUUUGGAAGAGGAGGACGACUUGGUCACCCAGAUUUUGAUAUACACAGUGGUCAAGCUGCAGUUAUCACACCUCGUUUGGUGACUUCUGGUCUAGGGUCCCGUCGGGUAAAGGAAAUUGCUGCAGCUAAACAUCACACUGUUAUUGCUACAGAGGGUGGAGAAGUUUUUACUUGGGGAUCCAACAGAGAGGGUCAGCUUGGGUACACUUCUGUGGACACCCAACCUACACCUCGAAGAGUGAGUUCCCUUAGAUCAAAAGUUGUUGCAGUUGCUGCAGCAAACAAGCACACGGCUGUUGUUUCUGAUAAUGGUGAAGUUUUCACAUGGGGCUGCAAUAGGGAGGGUCAGCUUGGCUAUGGUACAUCUAACUCUGCGUCAAACUACACUCCAAGAGGAGUUGAAUACUUGAAAGGCAAGGUUUUUAUGGGUGUUGCAGCAGCAAAAUUUCACACAAUUGUCUUGGGAGUUGACGGGGAGGUAUACACUUGGGGUCAUCGAAUUGUUACGGCCAAACGUGUUGUAGUUGCUAGAAACUUGAAAAAGAGCGGAAAUACCACUUUGAAGUUUCAUCGCAAAGAACGGCUUCAUGUGGUUUCUAUAGCUGCAGGGAUGGUACACAGCAUGGCUCUGACAGAUGAUGGUGCAUUAUUUUAUUGGAUUUCAUCAGAUCCUGAUCUAAGAUGCCAACAGUUGUAUUCGCUGGGUGGAAGAAAUGUGGUGAACAUAUCUGCAGGGAAAUACUGGACUGCUGCCGUUACAGCUACAGGUGAUGUUUACAUGUGGGAUGGGAAGAAAGGUAAGGAUAAGCCACCAGUUGCAGCUCGGUUACAUGGUACAAAACGGGCUACUUCAGUUUCUGUAGGUGAAACACACAUAUUGAUUAUUGGUUCCCUUUAUCAUCCUGUCUAUCCUUCCAAUGUGGUGAAGAUCCCUCAGAAGCAGAAGUCAAAUGUCAAAGAUGAGCUAGAAGAGCUUGACGAAGAUCUUAUGUUCAAUGAUAUGGAGUCCGAUACUUGUUUACCUACUAUCCAAAACGAUGAUACAGAUAAGGGGCCCAUACCAACCUUAAAAAGUCUCUGUGAAAAAGUGGCAGGAGAGAAUCUAGUGGAGCCACGAAAUGCUAUUCAACUGCUUGAAAUUGCUGAUUCACUCGUGGCAGAUGAUUUACAGAAGUAUUGUGAGGACAUUGCCAUACGCAACCUUGACUAUAUAUUUACGGUAUCAUCACAAGCUAUAGCUAGUGCUUCACCAGAUGUUCUAGCUAAACUUGAAAAUAUAUUGGACCUAAGGUCAUCUGAACCAUGGAGUUACCGUCGUCUCCCAACUCCUACAGCUACUUUUCCUGCUACUAUUUAUAGUGAAGAGGACGAUAGUGAGAAUGAGGUUCAAAGGACACGUGACGGCCAUACAAAGCAAUCCACAUCGAAAAAUGAAAUACACCAAAGACCAGAUUCCUUUCUACAGCCCAAGGAUGAUCCAAAUCAUGGUAUCGGCAAGCAAGUUCGAGCCUUGCGGAAAAAGUUGCAGCAGAUUGAGAUGCUUGAAGCAAAACGGUCUAGUGGGCAACUUCUUGAUGACCAGCAAAUUACAAAGCUUCAGACGAGGCCAGCUCUUGAAAGGGAGCUUGCUGAGCUUGGUGUUCCAGUUGAGACACCACAAUUGAAGGCAUCAUCUUCAGUUCAGCCUGAUGGAAAAGGGAACAAAAGGGUUGAGCUAUCAAAAAAACAGAGGAGAAAGAACAAACAGAUGGCGACACCAGUGGAUAUAGGGUCUUCUUUUCCGGGAGAUGAAGUAGAACCAAAACACACAAAGGAUUUCUUGAGUAUUGAAAUCUCUCAAACCACAAAACAUAAGGAGGAAGAUGCUGUGAGUGAAGGGAUUAUGACAAACCAAACUAUUAAGGAGUCAGCUUUGUGUGUUCAGAAGGACAAUUUAAACCUAGCAAAGAAUAAGUGUUCAUCAUCAAUAACUUCCAAGAAGAAGAAUAAAAGGGGUGGGCUUUCUAUGUUCUUGAGUGGCGCUCUUGAUGAUGCCCCCAAAUACAUUGCACCACCCCCACCAUCCCCAAAAAGUGAAGGCCCUGCAUGGGGUGGGGCUAAAAUCCCGAAAGGAUUUGCAUCUCUUCGUGCGAUUCAGGAUGAGCAAAGCAAAACCAAGGACAGCGAGUCAACUAGGAACAGAGGUCAUGCAGAAGAUCCUUUCAAUGCUAGAAGUGAUGGGAAGAUUCUACUGAGUUCGUUUUUGCCUUCCAAGCCAAUACCAGUGGUCUCGAUACCAGUGGUUGCAACCCAUACUUCAGUGGCAUCUGAUGGAGAAAGAGGUACACCUCCUUGGACUGCUUCGGGAACUCCUCCCCUUCUUUCUCGCCCUUCUCUUAGGGACAUCCAAAUGCAGCAGGGAAAACAACAUCAUAGUCUUUCCCACAGUCCAAAGACUAAAACGGCUGGAUUCUCAGUCACUAAUGGUCAGGGUUCACCAAUGGAUGCUUCUGGAGUGAACCGCUGGUUCAAACCAGAGGUGGAUGCACCCUCAUCGAUUCGAUCAAUUCAGAUUGAGGAAAAGGCUAUGAAGGACCUUAGGCGCUUCUACAGCAGCGUUAGGAUUGUAAAGAACCCAUCUUAAAUUAGGUAGAAAUAGAGGCACCUCCUGUUCGUUUAUUUCUGUUUACAUUUUGGGUUAAAUACACUGCUGUACAUUGAACUGUAUAGAAUUAGCUCAGCGUAUACUUUUUAUAUCCUUCAAAUCCAUGAAGUAGCAGAAGUUAUAUCUCAUACUCCUUUUUGGGACUUUGUUUCCUUUAAUUUUUUUUAGAUAUUUGGUGACUAGUUUCUAGAUUAUAGGGCAUGGCCAUUUGAAAUGUGAUAUUUUAAAUUUAGGGAUUGUAAGUUAUGUUGUAUAAUGUCAAUAAAUCAAUGAAAGUUUCUGUUUUCCAACUGGAAAAAAUUUGAAUAAAUGAUUCAUUCAUUGUACCCA